GCGGAUCUUUGCAGGACCUCUGCUUGCUGUGUAACACCGCUUGAUUCCUUUCAAAGUUGCAGGAGGGCACAGAUCAAUCAAGAAGCCCAUCCUGUUCUCAGAGAACACCGGACAACUCGCUGUGUGUGGAGUGAAACCGGCACAGGAUCCCCUUCUCAACCCUUCACACACUAACUGGGACUGCACCACUGCUAUGUCCAGUCUUGACAUAUUAUCAGCUUGAGAUUCUUCUCCCAAAAGACAAAUUGAACAAUCUCAUGCUCCCAUCAUUCCUGCCUGAGAUUUCCAUAUGAGAUUCAACAAUGCCAGGCAAAACUGGCGAGGACCACUGACUUUCAACUUCACAUAAUAACAGCAAGAACAAAAGUUCCACAGGGAAAAAACAACUGUUGAAUACUUUAAGGACACAAACAAAACCUUGUUUGUCUCGGAGCAGUUCUCGUGACCUCUGCCAACAGCCAUGCAGGUGUCCUUUGCAUGUACAGACCACGGGCUGAAGGCCCCUCGUAAUGGCGAGCACAGCAAGCAGAAUGCCACCAGCCCUAACACAACCAGCCAGGCCCGAGCCCGCUUCCGCACUGUGGCCCUGAUAGCUCGCAGCCUGGGCUCCUUCACCCACCGCUACCACCACAACCUCAAGGAGUCCACUGCCAAGCUCACUGGCAUGAAGUACCGGAACCUGGGGAAAUCUGGGUUGCGUGUGUCCUGUCUGGGGCUCGGCACGUGGGUAACAUUUGGAGGUCAGAUCUCUGAUGAGGUGGCAGAGCAGCUGAUGACUAUCGCCUAUGAGAGUGGGGUCAACCUGUUUGACACAGCUGAAGUCUACUCCGGGGGGAAAGCAGAGAUAAUCCUGGGAAAUAUUAUCAAGAAAAAGUGCUGGAGGAGAUCCAGCUUGGUGAUCACCACAAAGCUCUACUGGGGUGGAAAAGCAGAGACAGAGAGAGGCCUCAACAGAAAACACAUCAUUGAAGGUUUAAAGGGCUCCCUCCAGAGAAUGCAACUUGAGUAUGUGGAUGUGGUUUUUGCCAACCGACCAGACAGCAACACUCCCAUGGAGGAGAUUGUGAGAGCAAUGACACACGUGAUCAACCAGGGGAUGUCCAUGUACUGGGGGACAUCUCGGUGGUCUGCCAUGGAGAUCAUGGAAGCAUACUCUGUGGCCAGGCAGUUUAAUCUAAUUCCACCAGUGUGUGAGCAGGCAGAGUAUCACUUCUUUCAGAGGGAAAAAGUGGAGACUCAGCUGCCAGAGCUCUACCAUAAGAUAGGUGUGGGUGUGGUCUCUUGGUCCCCUCUGGCCUGUGGAAUCAUCACUGGGAAGUAUGAGAACGGCAUCCCAGAAUCCUCCAGGGCCUCACUGAAGCCAUAUCAGUGGUUGAGGGAGAAAAUAAUGAGUGACGACGGGAGGAAACAGCAAGCCAAGCUAAAAGAACUGACUCACAUCGCGGAAAAGCUCGGAUGUACUUUGCCACAGCUAGCCAUAGCCUGGUGUCUGAGGAACGAGGGAGUGAGCUCAGUGCUGCUGGGAUCCUCCAAUCCAAGCCAGUUAACAGAGAACCUGGGAGCCAUUCAGGUAAUUCCAAAGAUGACAGCAGGCAUUGCUUCAGAAGUGGAUCAUAUACUGGGAAAUCGCCCUCACAGUAAAAAAGACUACCACCAUUAGGAUGGACCCUAUAUUAGUGAACUAUGCUCAAAAAGCUUAUCAAAGCUCACUUCUCACAGCCAUGGCACCAUAAGUGCGUGCCCAACUUUGCUUGUGUGUGUGUAUGACUGUAUGUGUGACUGCGUAAAAGUGCUCUGCUUGGCUCCUUGUCUGUAUGAAAAUCAACCAGUACUCAUUAUUGUAAGGUGAGCUACUUGAUAAAACAUGCAUGCUACAGCCAUAGCAGCUGGCCACUGGACAGAACAACAGUGAUAUUUCGAGAGGGAAAUUUUGUUCCGCUCCAGUAAAGCUGUGCAAAUGCUGCUGAACCACAGAUAUAAAGAAGCAGAAGAUUAGAUUAUGGAGAGAUAUAUUACUGCAAGAUCAUCUCAAGCUGACCAGCUAGCAUGUGCCAUGAACUAUCGUGAUUAUCUGAAUAAAAGUGUCAUUGUUCCAAGAACUGAAAAAUGAAGAGGCUCAUAUUGUCCACAAAUUAUUACAUAAACUCGGUGUAGUGCGGUAAAUAUGUGAAAAAAAGUAGUCUAUCAAAAUGUCCCCAGUAUUCCAGAAAUAUUCCUUUCAGAAUAUUUGUGAUGUAAAGAAAUAAUCAAUAGUGACAUGUGUAAUUGAGCCUGGUCCCAGCAGACUUGAUGAUAUGCUAACACUUCCCAUUGCAGCUGGAGUUGACCUGUCAUGAUGACAAAUUUUUUUCAGCAUCAGAUGAAGUUAAGUUCUUCACAAUGUUGUUGUUAGUACCAAGGGAGCUAAGGUAAGAUAAAUCAUGUUUCAAAACAUCUGUACUGACUGUUAUAUAUUUUCCUUGUUAAGCAUCUAUGAUAUAACGGGCUUUCCAUCUCCUCAUGUUGUGUUUUCUUUCUUUUUCACUUAUGCAAAAGUACAACAUUGUGUACUUACAUAUUAUGCCCCUUCAAUCCAUUUUCACUUGGACUAUGCCAGACUUUCUGUCGGUAAUGAUAAUGUCUGAUUCAUUUAAUUUUGGUCUGUGUUUUUGACUAAAACAUUUGUCUAGUCGAUUUUGGGGAGGUUGUCCUCCUGUGGAUUUAAAAAGAAAGCCAUGUAGCCAAUGAAGAGACUCGGUAAAAAAUAAAACCACAUGGAUCCCUGCAGCCAUUGCACCUGGACGACACAGAAUUCUUACCCAACUUUUCCCAGCUCCCAGUUUUACAUAAUGCAAUGAUCUUUGUCAUGUUCUGUCUGUUCAAACAUGUAUUUUGGUGUUGUUCAGCAGAUUUGUACAUACAAAUAAAUAGCUUAUAAUUCUCAAGUGAUAUGUUUUAAAGAUAUUUGCUAAUUUUCUAUUAAUGUUAUGGAUGCCUUCUCAUUUUUGCCCCUUACAAAUUGUAAUUUAAAAAAGCUAGACUAGACUUAGGCAUAUUGUUUGCUGAAUUAAAACCUGUGACUUGAAACACUGGCAUAGUUACUGCUGAAUGCUGUUAGGGUUUGUCUUUGUCUUUCUGUUUUAUAAUAAAAUAGCGUGU